UCGUAGUAGUGCAAUCGUUAUUUAUUCAUUUGAUUAAAUGAUAAUUAUAAUCAAUUCAGAAAAUUCAGUCCUUCAGAUUGUUACCGAAAGACAACGUUUAUUAUAUUAGCUUAUAAUUGAUUCACAUAGUAAAGGAAAGUGGCAAUUGUAUCCUAAUUAUAUCACUUCCGUAGAUCUACUUACUAAAUGUAAUAUUUCAAUAUGGUGACCAAAAUAAUUUUAUUAGUAAAUAUGAAUUUUUGAAGAGCGGCAUUCAUUAGCUGCCAUAUUGAUUGAAUAAUUUCUAUUGGCCGAAACGAUUCAGAACCAUUUCAAAAUGGCUGCUACGGAGGAAGAAGGCGCAGCAUCCAUUGAAAAUGUUGAAAACACUGAAGACGAGCUGACAAUUCGCAAAAUAUUUAUUGGUCAUGUGAAUUCAUACCAGGGUAAGGCGAUUGCAAAGAGAUUGCCUGAUUUCAAAAAUCAUGCAUCGUCGAUAUCCGGCAAGUUAUACGAGAUAUAUGGUAGCCUCCAAGUAAGUGACGAAGUCGACAAUGAGGUCGUAGAAAAUUACGCCCCGCGUAUACUAGAUCGCAAGAAAUCGUCAUACUGGCUUAGUAUCUUAGAAUGUGAAAUCAUUGUAUACGAUAUAGGAAUGCACAACUCGCAAGUGGUUGAGGCACAGAAAGUGCUGGAGAUGCUUGAGGCAAAAUUGAAAGCUUGCGAACCGGAUUCAAAUGAACCUGUCAGGUACUUUAUCCUUAUUUCGACACCCAUGGUUUGGGCACGGACCGUUGUGGAGAGUGAUGAGGGCGCAGCACCACUAACAGAAGCAGAUUAUCGAAAGCGAAGAGCUCACCCCUGCUAUUUAAAGCACCAAUACCUAGAGCGUGAAGUGAUGAACGCCCAAAAUCGACAUAAGGGGAGGCUUCGGACGAUCGUAAUUUGCCCAGGUGUUACUUACGGUGGGCGUAAUGAUGUUCUACAUUACAUCUUCAAAAAAGCAUUCUAUAAUAAGGAGUCAAUUGAGAUAUACCAGAAAGAUCGUAACGAACUAAAUUAUAUACCAAUGAUAUACAUAAAUGACUUCGCACAGAUGAUUUCUAAUGUGAUUGAAAGUUUCCCACCCGAAAAAAUACGAUACCUGCUAGCGGUUCAACCGAAUCCAAUGUCUUUGAAAAGCUUCGCCAUUGUUGUGGCAAGGACCUUAGCGGGUAAUCCAAUGAAAGUGAAGAUAUGCACAAAAGAUGAAAUCUUGAACGCUUCAGAAAACCUCAUUUCGCAACGUGUCUAUCAUUACCUUACCCUAAACUUGAAAAUGGUGCCAACAUACUUUCAAGAUUUCCCAUUCACAUUUUCGGAUGACUUAGAGGAAAUGGGUAACAGACUGGCAGAUGAAUUUCGGCGUGAACGGAAUUUAUUACCAAUCAAAAUCAUAGUGGAUGGACCACCAUGUUCAGGGAAAACCACGCUUUGCAGGGCACUUGCUGAACAGUAUGAAGUCCAUUACAUAGAUCCGAAAUCUGUCGUUUACAAUGUUAUAAAGAGUUUGGAACAAAAAAUAGAGGAAGCAAAGUCUUACCUGAAUCAAACUAGAAACUUUGACGCUGCGGAAUACAUGGCGGAAGAUGUCGAAGGUGAUUUGGAUUUACCGGCUGGCGCUGAAUCUGCAGACUUUCUUCGGCAGCCAGAGAUGUCUGUUGAGAUUGUGAAAAUGACCGAUAGUUUGCGCGAGCAGUUAAUCGAAUGGGAAGCAGAACUAACAGAUUUGACUGAAUACAUGCAGUCGGUUCACGAAGAAGAUGAGAUGGAUUUCGAUUACAUAAAAAAGUGCCUUGUUGAAAUUCUCUCAUCUAAGCCUUGCAGUGAAAAUCAAGGUUACGUAAUAGAUGACUUCCCAUUUGAUUAUAACCAAGCCAGUGAAAUAUUCCCGACAUCGUUAUUUCAUCCUAGCGAAGAGGAGGAGGAAGAAGAUAUUCCCCAAAAUAUGUAUACUUACAGCAUGAAACCAACGUUUUUCAUUGUUCUCAUCGCUCCUGAUGAAAUUCUCUUUAAACGAGCCAUGUCGCUAACGGAGAAAGAAGCCGUUGAGACGCAGAACACCGAAGAGCAGCUGAUUGCUCGGCUAUCAAAGUAUCGUGAGCGAACUGAAGAAGAUGUCACUUGCACUUAUUUUUUUAGUGACAAUGAUAUAACACCAAUCAUUAUCAAGAUAACGGCAGACAUGAAGCCUGAACAAGUGCUUGAGCAGGUUAAAAGGCAAAUUGGUGCCCCGCAUAUAUAUCCCAUGACCCGAACACAAAUGGAUCAAAUCGCUAAAUCUGAACUCAAAGCAAAAAUGGAGAAAGAACAAGAAGAGCGCCUCAGGAGGGAGCAAGUUGAACGCGACGAAAUAGCUGCAAGGGAGGAAAAGCUUCAAGAUUGGACUGAGAAGUUUGAACGUCUUAAACGACAAGAGCAAGAUAUGCUUGAAUCGAAAAGCCUUCCGUUACGAAGCUAUUUAUGCAAAUAUGUGCUGCCCACCUUAACUGAAGGUUUACUAAAAGUUGCAGAAGUCAAACCCGAAGAUCCUAUCGACUAUUUAGCGGAGUAUUUAUUUCGUUGUAAUCCAACUGGUCGCGUCUUGGAUCCGGCCUACAGUGAGGAAGCAAAACGUCUACUUCUUAGUUUAGAUUGGGAUGCUGAGCAGAUGAUUGCAAAGCAGGGUGACGAGGAAAGUCGAGCCGACAGUCUGGAAUGCGACGAUAGCUUCAUAACGCAUCAAAUAGAUGCAAAAAGCAGUUACAUUGCAUUUAAGCGGAAGCACAAACGAACGCAGAAAUCUGAAGCAUCGAAAACUUCAAGUUCCACUGAUAGCGUUCAAGGUAGUAUAAAACAGAAAAGCCAUGCAAGUACUAGGAACGAAACAAAAUCAGAAAUGAGGAAACCAAUGUAAAUGAAAUUUAACAAUUUUAUUUGUAUAUCUAUUAAAGCUAAAUCUACAGUAAGUUGUUAACAAUAAAAACACGUUUU